GCGUGAUUUACUUAUUUGGGUAGUUUUACGCUUGCUCCACUUUUUUAUUUUUCACUUCAUAACCUCCUAUCAAAUGGGACGAGCGAUCACUAAUAACAAAAUAAAGAUCAUUUGCCGCGUUCGACCAUUCCGCAACGAUGAAUUUCCAGAUGAGUCGGUCGAGGUUGACGACAAUACUAUCAACGUCGAAGAUCAACGCAACCCUGGCAGCCUCUUAAAUUACAAAUUUGCGUCAUGCUACUCAGUAAAAACGACACAAUCGGAAAUCUUUCAAAAAGACGUACGACCACUGAUCGAACGUGUUUUCGAAGGCUACGACGCUACAAUUUUCGCUUAUGGAGUCACUGGCUCUGGCAAAACGUAUACAAUGGAGGGUGCACAAGAUGAGCCAGGAAUCAUUCCCCGCGUUGCAGAGUUUCUGUUUGAAACUAAAGAGGCCUCCCAAGUAUCCGAUAUCAAUGUGUCAAUGUCCUACAUGGAGAUCUUCAAAGAGACUGUGCAUGAUUUGCUGGUAUCUCGCCGAGAAAAGUAUCAGCGUGGUCUGGAUAUACGCGAGGGCCCUGACCGCGAAGUGUUUGUAGCGAACAUCAGCGAGCAAUCACUCGAGUCUCUGGAUGAUUUUGAACGGACAUUCAGUGCUGCAAGUCGCAAUCGUUCAACAGCAAGUACCAAGUUGAACAAACGGUCUAGUCGAUCUCACGCAAUAUUGACGCUCAAUGUUGCCAUCUCAACGCCGAUCGGCCCGCGGUUUGCUGGGACACAAAAAAGCCAUAUGGUCUAUGGUAAAAUCAACCUUAUUGAUUUGGCUGGAUCAGAGGAUAAUCGCAAGACGGAAAACAAAAAGGACCGCAUGACAGAAAGUGCCGCUAUCAACAAGAGCUUGUUUGUGCUUGGUCAAGUCGUGGAAGCUUUAAAUACAGGCUCAUUACGUAUACCGUUCCGUGAUUCAAAAAUGACCCGUAUACUUCAGCCUACACUAGAAGGGAAUUCCCUCGGAAUGAUGAUCAUCAAUAUUGCACCAGGCAGAGCCUAUCUAUCUGAUACCAUCAAGUAAGUCUCGUUUUGAAAUGAUGACAUGUCAGGUGUCGUAGCUUAAAGCAGACAUACUCACGAUCCUGUUCCCUCUCUUGCAAAGCACAUUAAACUUUGCCAGCCGAU